AUGAAACUGUCAAUGAUCAGAAACACAUGUGGUAUCCUUCGAGGACAGGGUAGUGGGCUCGUAGCCAGCCGAUUGAGAUGCCUGCCCACGGGACCCUCCGCUGGUGGCGUGCUUCUUCUUCGGGCUGCGAGCGCGACUUCCAGCGGCAGAUCCUGUGCCAAAGUAGCAUUUAACAUCGGGAAACCUCCAGGCAAACAGGGGAUCUUUGAGUGCGAUGGCUGUCUUAGAGAGGUUGUCCAAAGUUCCAGAGACGCUAUGGCGGCUUUGCAGAAAAAAAGCUCAACCAUCCAACCGACUUUUGUUAUUGUUCAGUCAAGUGAUAAUGACGACAUUUGGGACUCUAAUAAGAAAGUAGCAACAAUGGUUGGAUUGAACAUUACCCGGCUGUGCCUUUCAAAGAACACCACAGAAGAUGAGGUCAUUGAGGAGAUUUUGAGACUUAACGAUGACCCCAGCGUGCAUGGAGUUUCUCUACAACUUGCUGCUUCUUUCCUCACAAGUCGAGUGAUCAAUGCUCUCAGACCAGAAAAAGACAUCGAUGGGCUUUCAGACUUGAAUGUGGGACGCCUGCUACGGGGCGACUGUGAAAGGAGCUUUAUGCCGCCAGUAGCAAGUGCAAUCGUUGAUCUUUUACAUAAUCACGAAUUAGAAGGAAAAUCGGUGUUGUUGGUUGGAGCAGAGGGAGCACUCGCGUACUCUCUCCAAGCAAUGAUCGAGAGGAGCGGGAUGGAGGUUUCAAAGAGUUCCAGCUCAACGAACAAUCUCCAAAGACGGGUGAUGGAGGCUGAUGCUGUGGUCGUCUUGGGGAAAGGAAAAAUAAACAUUCCAUCAGCAUGGGUUCAGCCUGGAGCAACAGUAAUUUUUGAACGAGAGAUCUCUUCAAAGCAGGGCUCAAGACACCUCGUUGCAGCCUACAGGAUACAGAACGUGAUCCACAGCAGCAGUCAUUGGUUGCAGGGGCAGCAGCACAAGUCCUGGAGCCUGAGGAGCCUCAAACUCAAGCCUUUGACCCCGGUGCCAAGUGACAUAGAUAUUUCCAGAGCUCAGACUCCUAAAGCAGUCACAGUGUUGGCAGAGGAGAUCGGGCUGCUCCCUGAAGAACUAGAGGCCUAUGGCAGGAACAAGGCUAAAGUCCGUCUGUCUCUGUUAGACAGGCUCCAGUCUCAGCCUGAUGGGAACUAUGUGCUGGUCGCAGGCAUAACGCCUACUCCUCUUGGAGAAGGAAAGAGCACAGUGACAAUUGGCCUGGUCCAGGCCCUCUCUGCCCACCUGAACCUCAACUCUUUUGCCUGCUUACGACAGCCCUCUCAGGGACCCACCUUUGGAGUCAAAGGGGGCGCUGCUGGAGGUGGAUAUGCACAGGUCAUCCCCAUGGAAGAGUUUAAUCUCCAUCUGACCGGUGACAUUCACGCCAUCACUGCAGCAAACAACUUGGUAGCAGCUGCUAUAGAUGCCAGAAUGCUUCAUGAGGCGACGCAGUCAGACAAGGCUCUGUACAAAAGGCUUGUUCCUUCUGUGAAUGGAAUUCGGACAUUUUCACCCAUUCAAAUCUCCAGGCUCCAGCGUCUGGGCGUCAAUAAAACGGAUCCCGAGUCUCUCACACCGCAGGAGGUCAGCAGCUUUGUCCGCCUUGACUUGGACCCAAACAAAAUCACCUGGCACAGGGUUGUCGAUACAAACGAUCGUUUCUUGAGGAAAAUCACAAUUGGACAAGCAAGCACUGAAAAGGGACAGAUGCGAGAGACUGGCUUUGACAUUGCAGUGGCCAGUGAGAUCAUGGCGAUCCUGGCACUGGCCAGCUCUCUGCAGGACAUGAGGGACCGGCUGGCUCGCAUGGUCGUGGGCACUAGUCGCUCAGGACAUCCGGUCACAGCAGAGGACCUGGGUGUGAGCGGGGCCUUGUCAGUGUUGAUGAAAGAUGCCAUCAAACCCACUCUCAUGCAGACUCUCGAGGGCUCUCCUGUGUUUGUCCAUGCCGGGCCCUUCGCCAACAUCGCCCAUGGCAACUCCUCAGUGCUCGCCGACAAGCUGGCUCUGAAACUUGUGGGACGAGAGGGCUUUGUGGUGACUGAAGCCGGCUUUGGCGCUGAUAUUGGGAUGGAGAAGUUCUUCAACAUCAAGUGCAGAGCGUCUGGGCUCAAACCUAAUGUUGUUGUUUUGGUCGCCACAGUCCGUGCUCUUAAGAUGCACGGGGGAGGCCCAAGUGUCUCGGCAGGUGCACCUCUCCCGCAGGAGUACAUAAAUGAGAAUUUGGACUUAGUUGCAGGGGGAUGCAACAGCAACCUCAGGAAGCAGAUCCAGAUUGCACAACAGUUCGGGGUACCUGUUGUCGUAGCAGUUAAUGUAUUUAAGACAGACACUGAAGCAGAGGUAGCGCUGGUGUGUCAGAUUGCACAACAGAGUGGUGCAGCAGGUGCUGUGCCCUGUCACCACUGGGCGCAGGGCGGCCGCGGCUCUGUGGAGCUUGCUAAAGCCGUGAAGGAGGCAGCGAGCUCACCCAGCCACUUCAAGUUCCUGUAUGACGCUGAGAUGCCCAUAGUGGAAAAGAUCAGGACGAUUGCCCAAAAGGUUUACGGAGCCAAUGACAUCAAACUGUCUGAUGAAGCGGAAGCCAAAAUCAACUACUACAACCAGCAGGGUUACGGGUCGUUGCCCAUCUGCAUGGCCAAGACGCACCUGUCCCUCUCACAUAUGCCUGAAAAGAAAGGCGCUCCGACAGGUUUUGUUUUACCCAUCCGUGACGUGAGGGCGAGCGUUGGUGCUGGAUUCAUCUACCCUCUGGUUGGCACUAUGAGUACCAUGCCAGGGCUGCCCACCCGGCCCUGUUUCUAUGACAUCGACCUCGACCCGGCGCUUAAGAGGACGUUGGAGAAGAUUAAUGCCACCUUUUAUUGCCUUUAA